GUCCGUUUCUUGUUGUGUCCGGUAGGAAACAGCUGAUCAUCAGUUCCGCUUAUGUUGCGCUACGGAAGCAGUAGGUGAGUGAUUGUGCUCCAGCAUGGCUCACAGUGCCAGGAGAGAUUGCCCGGAGCUGCCUGACUUCUCUCUGCUGAAGAGGCUGGCCAGAGAUCAGCUGAUCUAUCUGCUGGAACAGCUUCCCGGUAAGAAGGAUCUCUUCAUCGAGGCGGAUUUGAUGAGUCCGCUGGAUCGUAUCGCCAACGUUUCAACACUAAAGCAACAUGAAGUCGACAAACUCUACAAGGUUGAAUAUAAACCAAUAAUCAGCACUUCAGAUCAGCUUUGUUUUCUGAUCCGGCCAAGAAUACAAACUGUGAAAUGGAUAUGUGAUGUGGCGAAUGCAGACAAGGCAGCAGGAAAAUUUAGAAGAUACAAGAUAAUAUUUACCCCUCAGAAGUUCUAUGCAUGUGAGGCGGUCCUGGAGGAGCAGGGGAUCUUCGGAGAUGUGACGACAGACGAAUGGGCUUUCUACCUCCUCCCGCUGGACGAUGACAUCAUCAGUCUGGAGCUCCCUGAAUUCUUCAGAGACAACUUUCUGGCGGGCGAUCAGCGCUGGGUGAGAACAGCUGGCAGCGCUCUGCACCUCCUUCACUCCCUCUACGGCCCGUUCUCAAAGGUCUACGGGAUCGGACGAUGCGCAAAGAUGGCGUACGAGUCGUGCAGGGACCAGGUGGCAGAGGGAGAACAAAGGGCUCAGAAAGCUGAAAUAGGAAAUGUUUUUCUCAUUGAUAGAGACGUGGACUUCGUCACUCCUCUGUGCUCGCAAGUUGUGUAUGAAGGACUCGUGGACGAUAUAUUUAAAAUCAAAUGUGGUUGUGUGGAGUUUGGACCUGAAGUUACAUCAUCUGACAAAAGUUUAAAAGUCAUGCUGAACUCUCAGGACAAGGUUUUCAAUGAAAUCAGAAACGAGCAUUUCUCCAACGUGUUCAGCUUUCUCAGUCAGAAAGCGAGGAACCUCCAGACUGCUUACGAUAAGCGUCGGGGGAUGGACAUAAAACAGAUAAAGACGUUCGUGUCGGAGGAACUUAAAGGGUUAAAACAGGAACAUCGACUCCUGAGCCUCCACAUCGGCGCCAGUGAAUCAAUAAUGAAGAAGAAAACAAAGCAGGAUUUCCAGGAGAUGCUGAAGACAGAACACUCUUUACUUGAAGGAUUCGAACUCCGUGAAUGCAUUUCUUUCAUAGAGGAGCACAUCAACAGACAGGUCUCCAUGAUAGAAAGUCUGAGACUUCUUUGUCUUUUGUCCAUCACAGAAAACGGACUCCUGCCAAAAGAUUACCGGUCAUUAAAAGCACAGUUUCUACAGAGUUAUGGGGUUGAACACCUGCUCACAUUUUACAACCUGAGGCAGAUGGGUCUGCUGGUGGAGCAGCAGCCGGGGGAAACGCUCACUGUUAUGGAAACCAAAGUGGGCAAACUGGUCAACGACAAAACCGCAGGAAAGCUGACUGAUGCCUUUUCCUCUCUGGCCAAGAAGAGCAAUUUCAGGGCGUUGAGCAGAAGACUCAACCUGGUGCCAAAGUCAGAUGAUGAGUACGACCUGCGAGUCCCAAAAGACAUGGCGUACAUCUUCAGCGGUGCCUACGUCCCUCUGAGCUGCAAACUCAUCGAGCAGGUGUUGGAGCGAGACGGCUGGACGGGGCUCGAUGAAGUCACCAGGCUGCUGAACUGCCCUGAGUUUGCUGCUACAGCCGGCAACGGACCGGACGUAAAAGCAAAAAGCGACUCUCAGCGCAUCGUCCUGGUCAUGUUCCUCGGCGGCUGCACUUUCUCUGAGAUUUCGGCUUUACGUUUUCUGGGCAGAGAGAGAGGUUAUAAAUUUAUUGUGGUAACAACUGCGAUUACAAACAGUUCAAGACUCCUCGAAGCUUUGCUUCGAUGAAUGAAGCCUGUCAGCACAUCCCAAUGGACAGAAACCGGAGACAUUCCUGCAGUCACUUGUCAUGCAUUCCCUCCAGCGCUGUCAUUAUCAGAUGGAAAAUGUCGACUAUUAUGGUCUGUGUCUGACAACGGAUGAACUGUAAAGAUGUGUAAAGUGAAUAAAUGUUUUUUAACACA